AUGUUUGGAAGCAGUGGUGCUUGCGCUGGCUGCGGCAACGCGAUACCUGCCACCGAGCUAGUAAUGAGGACGGGUGGAUCGGUAUUUCACCAGAAAUGUUUCACCUGCAGCAAGUGUGGAAAUCAACUCGUUUCCGGCGAUAGGUAUUACUUGCUGUCGGGGUCACCGGUCUGCGAGACGGAUUGGCACAAAAUCGUGAAAUCGUCGAGCGUCGCGGCCGCAGCCGCGGCGGCAGCGGCCGGCAACGGUGGCGCACCGGUGAGAAAAGGUAAGGUCGGUCGGCCUCGAAGAAGUCGCGAAUGAGGUGGCAACCCGGUCGGUCGCCCGAAGAAGGUACAAGCCUCUCCGCAGCCGACGCCAGUCGUCGUACCGUCACAGGUCGACGUCGUGGACGUCGCUGUCGGAGGGGAUCCCUAUUCGCCGCCUCCGCCGGGUCAUCAGCAGUACCACCAUCAUCACCACCACCAUCACCAUCAUCAUCAGAUGGGACUCGUACAUCCGGGACUGGCGGUACAGCAAACACACCUGCAGGCGUCCACCUACCAGGAGUGGUCUCCGUGGGCACAGGACACCUGCGACUGAGCAAUCACCCUCGUUCAACCACUUGUCCGAGUGUCGGGCUCGUCGCCUGGCUGAACGAAUCCUCCUCGCCCUGGUCUCGAGCGUCGCCGCUGGGCCCUCUUCUCCGUUUCUCCGUUCCAUCGCCGUCACCGGUUCGAAGAUGGAAGAACGGAAGAAUCGAGUACCACUCGCUCGCGUAGGGUGAUCUUGCGAUCGUUCGCC